AUGUUUUUAUCUUAUUUCAUACCUGUUAAACGUUUCUAUUGCGUUUUAAACGUGUUAUAAUGCUAUAAGCAAGUGAUUUUUCAGUAAAUUAAGAUUCUGAUAAAAGUAGGUGAACGAACCCCGAUUUGAGUCCACAAAUAGUAUAGUGCUUUCUAAAAGUUCAAAUUUUGCUUACGCAUCGGAAAUUCAUGGGAAGCUCCGUUACCCUGCCGUUAGUGUGAUAUUUAAAAGAUUCUUGAUAUUUUCUACAUUAUCUAAUUGUUUACUAUUGUGUAGAUUACCACAAUUCGCUUUCAGAAACCCACAGUUGGCCUCAAGGAGAGCUUAAAUAAUAUAAAUGACCCACCUAGUACUUUAAGCUAGUAGUUUCAUAUAUAGUACGGGAGCUAAGUUAUCAGCAUGUGGCCGGCUUCGCAGUACUCGCAUAGCAAUGCGCCGAUCCCGCCUAACUCGGGGAAGGCGAAUGAGCAUCAGAAUCAACAGAAUUUGAAGACUUUGGGCAUGACUUCUGCUAUUUCUAUGGCAGGUCCAAAACCAAUAGACAUAGAAAAGACAACGGAACUAAAAGACUCGCUGGCUCCAUACGGCGUGUUCGAGUCUGAGCAAGAGAUGCACCAUCGUAUGGAGGUGCUGGGCUCGCUGCACCGCCUCGUGAGGCAGUGGAUCCGCGAGGAGUCGCUCCGAAAGAACAUGCCGCCCAGCGUGGCUGACACCGUCGGCGGGAAUAUAUACACCUUCGGUUCUUAUAGGCUUGGGGUACACCACCGCGGUGCUGAUAUAGACGCGUUAUGCGUUGCGCCACGUCACAUUGACAGAACAGAUUUACUUUGCGUCGUUCUAUGACCUACUGAAAGUGCAGCCACAGGU